AUUUUGCCUACAUUAUGGGGCCGCCGAUCCAAGUUCAGCUUGUUGAAACUCCCACCUGAGCUUCAACGCAUGAUCUUGACACAAGCCAUACAAAUCUGCCUGCUAUCACAGCACUAUCCCCAGAAACAGACUCCAAACACAAUCUCUUCAAAGCUCUUGAAAGAUGUCCAGCACUCCACAAUGAAGCUCUUAAACUUCAUCAUAUGCGAGCAACUCUCAUUCUCGACCUCGAUACCCUUUUUACACUCAGAAGAAACCCUGUACUUUGGCAUAAUCUACAUUUGAUCAAGGCCGCUUCGAUCUCUCUAUUUUCAAUCCAAUCAGGCGAAGUUGACUGCUUUGCCUGGAAUAUAUGUAGAAACCCGAGAUUGGUCAAGAGGGGCAUUUACUGCAGAACAUUCGCCGGGGCAGAGACAAAAAUGCUGGCUUAUAGAAACAUGCUUCUCAAGCGAAAGCGCGACUUCGAAAACUUUUCUUCGCUCAAGGAAUUGACAUUCGAAAUCCUCGACCAGAAUGUCAAUGCAGACUUUUGCUUCAAUUUGAUCCAAGACUGGGUCCAGAACUCCAAGAACCUCAACACCUUGAAGCUCCGGAUCAGACUCAAGUAUGGACAUUAUGGAAAUCCAGCAACAAAUACCAAUCCGUUUGUUCCUAACAGACGAUCGGAUCCUGGAAGGAACGAGUUGGUGCAGAGAGUGAGGCACUUUGUCUCUGCUGAUCCAAAGAGGGAGACUUCUAAAGCCCAGAAUAGCAUCUGGCUCACUGUGAUAGAUUUACAGUUUGUGGGGGACGAGCUGGGUAUGACUUUCCAUGUUAAUCAUGCCAAUCUCAGGAUGGGCUGAAAGAACAAGGGUAAUUUGGCAUGUGGGUCGCAAUGUUUGGGAUAUCAGGAAGAUAAUAAUGUAAAG